ACACCCUAGUGAGUGUUGCUUCCGGCGGUGGCUGAAGGCGACGUCAGAGCGCAGCCAGGGGUUUGCUGCUUUUUUCCGCUUGAUUCAGGGAACACAAAAUGGACAGUCAAGGGAGAAAAGUCGUGGUUUGUGACAAUGGAACCGGGUUUGUCAAGUGCGGCUUUGCGGGCUCCAACUUCCCCGAACACAUUUUCCCAGCGCUGGUCGGCCGGCCAAUCAUCCGCUCCACGGCUAAAGUCGGCAACAUUGAAAUCAAGGACCUCAUGGUGGGGGAUGAGGCCAGCGAGCUGCGCUCCAUGCUGGAGGUGAACUACCCCAUGGAGAACGGCAUCGUCAGGAACUGGGACGACAUGAAGCACCUGUGGGACUACACCUUCGGCCCCGAGAAGCUCAACAUCGACUCCCACGACUGCAAGAUCCUUCUGACGGAGCCGCCCAUGAACCCCACCAAGAACAGAGAGAAGAUCAUAGAGGUGAUGUUUGAAACGUACAAGUUCUCAGGAGUUUACAUCGCCAUCCAGGCCGUGCUCACUCUCUACGCUCAAGGGCUGCUCACCGGCGUGGUGGUGGACUCCGGUGACGGCGUCACUCACAUCUGUCCGGUGUACGAGGGCUUCUCGCUGCCCCACCUGACGCGGCGUCUCGACAUCGCCGGGAGGGACAUAACCCGCUACCUCAUCAAGCUGCUGCUGCUGCGAGGUUACGCCUUCAACCACUCGGCGGACUUCGAGACGGUGAGGAUGAUGAAGGAGAAGCUGUGCUACGUGGGCUACAACAUCGAGCAGGAGCAGAAGCUGGCGCUGGAGACGACGGUGCUGGUGGAGUCGUACACGCUCCCGGACGGCAGGUUGAUCAAGGUGGGAGGCGAGCGCUUCGAAGCCCCAGAGGCUCUGUUUCAACCCCACCUCAUCAACGUGGAGGGGGUGGGCGUGGCCGAGCUGCUCUUCAACACCAUCCAGGCCGCGGACAUCGACACCAGGUCUGAGUUCUACAAGCACAUCGUCCUCUCCGGAGGCUCCACCAUGUACCCCGGCCUGCCGUCCCGCCUGGAGCGCGAACUGAAGCAGCUGUACCUGGAGCGAGUGCUGAAGGGAGACGUGGACAAGCUAUCGAAAUUCAAGAUCAGGAUAGAGGACCCCCCUCGGCGCAAACACAUGGUGUUCCUGGGCGGCGCCGUGCUGGCCGACAUCAUGAAGGACAAGGACAACUUCUGGAUGACGCGGGAGGAGUACGAGGAGAAAGGGACGCGGGUGCUGGAGAAGCUCGGAGUCACCGUCAGAUAAAACGCGCACGAAACACCACCAAAAAAACCCCCCCAAAAUUUAAAAAAAAAAAACCAACCACUUCCCUGCUCACAUUCCCCUCCAUCCGCCCCCUCAGCGGACACCCGGACGCGUCGCUUCCCCCCUCGAUGCGUCCGGGUGGUCGUCGGCUGUGUCACGCUCAUUUUGAAAAGCAGGGAUGGGAAAGAAGGGAUGAAGGAUUCUGGGGGGAGAGAAGUCUCAUGGGGAAGGGGAGUUACAGGACGUCUUGAAAUAUUUGCCCGUGACUUUAAAGAAAUUGCUUUAUUAUUAGAAUUAUGUUUUGGAGACGACAGAGUUUAGUGCCAGUAAUUACUGCAUUUACAGAAAAAGUGUGUCAUUUGUGGUUUAAAAACUUGCUUUUCUUGGUGAGAACCAAUAUGCAGCUGGAGCCAGGAGAGCGUUAGCUUAGCUUAGCAUUAAGACUGUAAGCAGGAGAAGCAGCUUCAGUCCCAAGUAACACAAUUUGGCAAGUUUUAGGACUACUUUAAAAUAAGGAGUAAAGAGCCAGCAACCAUGAAGUAGAAGAGAGGAAAUGUUUUUUAAAAAAAACAUAUUGAUCAGCUUAACGCGAUUGAAGUAGUUCAUGUUAUCUUGUUUUGUUUACAUGUCGUACGAACAGGACAACAACUCGCUCCUCACACGGCUUUGUCGGUUACCUUCAGACAAGGAGAAGCAGCUUGCCUCCUAAGUCUCCAGUUUUUAUGCUAAGCUAACUGGCUAACUGGCUGUAGCUUUACAUGAACUGUGCUGUACAUGAGACUGGCAUCUCUCUUAUUUCUCACUCUUGCCAAGAAAGAAAAUAAGUGCAUUUCCCCAAAUUGUAUUCCUUUUUUUUAUUUUUUAUUUUUUUUAAAAGAUGAAAUGGUAAUCCAUGGCUUUAAAAAUACAGACUGUUCAAUGUCAAACUAUCCUCUUUUUAAAAAAAAAAAAAAAAAAUGUAUUUAAUUUUUUUUUUUAAUUGCGAGCAGCACAUCUGCGAGUGUUUUGCGUUGCGUGCCUCUCACGCCGGGUCAGACCGAGAGCUGCUGGCUGUAAUGAGACGACGACGAUUAUUAUUAUUAUUAUUAUUAUUAUUAUUAUUAUUAGCGAUGCGAAGUUCCAUUUCCUAAAAUCUUGUCUUAACAGAUGCCACGGCGUUAAAGAUGAUGCUCACGGAUCAGAUGGAUCAUCACGUACUGCUCUCUGAACAUACCGAUCAUUGAACAACCCCCCCCCCCCCCCAUUUCCUGUUUAAAGUUCGGGAGUGAGUCAUUGUAUUGAAGGUGCAGGCGGGCUGGCAGACCCUUUUUUCUUUUCUCUCUCUUCACUCGGCACCUCGUUUGUCUUUUUGUUGGGACGUUUGUUGAGCGCCGAGGUUCACGGCGUCCACAGUGGGGAAGAAACGAGGGAGUCUCUUCCUCUCGCACCCGGCUGAAGCUUUUAAUGGAUUUGAUUCGUCUCCGUCUCCUUGUUUACAAAACAAAUAAAAGUGCGGACCGCAGGGGAUUUACGAGGGAGAGGUUUUCCUUUCCGAGUCGGUCCUCAGUCGCGCUGCGUUUCGGACGUUUCGGACGUGUCGGUCACCGAGCUGAAAGUACGAACUCGCAGGACGGUGGACAAUGACCCCGACGGAGAAAGGUCUCUUCCAAUCACGUACACGGCGUCGCUGUAAGUUAGCGUUUAGCCACAAGGGGCAGCACCGAGCAGAACUCUGUUUUUUUGUUUGUUUUUUUUUACCAAAUUUGCAGCAAACGUCCCCUUUUUUUUAAAAAUUCAAAAUAGUAAUUAAUAAAUAGGAUUGUCAGCUCUACGUGUUUAUCUUCAAUUAGCAAGGGGGAGAAAUGUUUCGUGAAAUGCGUCGUAAAGUGUAGAAGGAAGACAUUCUGCAGCACUUUUAAAAAAAAAUUAAUUAAUAAAUUUUUAACAUGAAUUUCUAUUGACUAACGGAAGAGGCCUUUCUUGUUGUGUUUGGUCACUUUGCUUAACGUAGUUAUUUCUUCCUUUUCUUGGGGACUGUACCAAGAAGCAGGAUUCAGGGGGGUGUUAACCGAGGUAACUGGUAGAUCACCAUGGUUACCGAUGCCGAACACUUGGAGAUUAAUAGACCGUAAAUAUUAAUAUUAACCCCAAAUAUGAAGAAGUUAAAGAUCCGUAAAGUUUGCGUUCGUUCUCAGUGGGGUGAACAUGACUGAUGCGUUUUAAUAAGGUAAUGAUAUAAUAUAUGUCCUGGAUCAUAACGAGUCAUUUCUCUUGUGCCAAUAACGCGCCAUGCUUUAUACCUCACGGAGUUUUAUUUUAUUUGUUUUCUCUUUGCGUUCCUGAUCAUCGAUGUGCUUUUUGUUUCUCUGACCGACUGUCGUACGUCCGGUUGGCUGCCGGAGGGGGAAGGGGGCGGGGCUAAAAUAAUAAUACAUAUCCUCUUUUUUUUUUUAAGUAGGAAAUGUCCAAUAGGAAAUAAUUCCAUGUGUUGUUUCUUGAAGGAGGAACGGAGGCGUGUCAAACCGUCUGGAACAAUCUCAUUGGUUGAGAGAAAGAAACUCAUUAAGACCAAAAUUAAUACCAUAGAAAAAUGUACGUAAGUUUCAGAUAUUUUUUAUUUAUUUUUUACUUCUUUCUUCUCCAUCAUCCAACACAGUAUUUUUUUUUUUUUACCCGCGACGAGAACAAAUAAAUAAUAUAAAUAAACAUUAUUUAUGCAGCACAUUUCAGAACAGAGUUACACAUGUUUGAACAAGAAUUAAAACAUUUCAAAUGAGGCAAAAAUAAAGAUAUUAAGAAUAAUACUGAACUGAAAAACAAGAAUAUAUCUACUUUUAAAGAGUAACUGACUCUGUUCAACCAAUGAGGUCAUUCUGGGAUGUUUGCCUCAUUUAAUCUGCACUCUGGUAGGAUAGUUAGAAAAAUUUUAUGAGUGAAGUAUUUUAAUUCUUAAUUAAUUCCUUUUCUUCUUCUUUCCUCGUGACCACACCUGCUUCUUCCUUCUCGGUCUCGACUGUACUGAAGAUUAAUUUGUGGUUUUUUUUAAGGGGGGAUUCCAGAAGGAGGUUUAUUCGUGUGGCUCCCCGAGAUAUUAUUUGUAAUAUUAAUAAGAAUCUGGUGUCAGGAAACGGGAGGCCACGUAAGAAGCUGGUAUUUGUGGCGUUCCGUCUCGAUUCCUAUGUGUAUAUUGGAGGCACUAUUGGAGGCAAUCGGCAUAAAAUGUAUAAUUUCCUCUCGUCAUUGAGUGCCAAGUACAAGUUAUACUCUUGCUGGAAUUAUUUUCUUUUUUUUUCUUCUUUUGCUUGUCCUUUUUUCAAUUUUUUUCUUUUUUUUUUACGUUUUGUUCGUUGCAUAACUGCCAACCGCUGAUUUUAAAUAAAGCAAAUGAUUUAUAGA